UCUGUCCCUUGCAGCUUUUCGUGUACCAUAAUCCCCGCCGAGAAGCGUGUUUCGUGCCUGCCCAGGACUGCCUUGGGAGCUUACAUGCACCCCUAAUGCAACGACUCAGGAAAUCGCGAGCGGGAAAAGCGGGGUGCCUUCCGGGCAGCCUGAGCCGACCGACUGCUUCAUGCCUCGCCCCGGCAGGUUCCAGUGGUUUUUGGUGGGCGGGCCGACCCCUGUCGGUUUGCGACGUGCACCCCCAGCAGUGCCUCUACAUUGACCCCUAUCUUGGGGGCUCUUGCAGGUUGCAACCUGACAUGGGCCAGAGACGGGAACGCAGCAGUUCGCACAGAGCCAGCUCAAUUUUGAUCCCUAGGCUCGCUGCUUGCAAUUCUAUCAUCAAAACCCUUUCGACUGCUACCGCGACCGGACGCCGACGAGGAACGCGCUGUCGGACGUGAGCCUCAGUCCCAACCGCAAAGAGGUUGGUCUCGCCAUGAGCCCGUCUAACCGGCUGUCACCGACUCGCCCGCCAACCUGAGAAAAUAUCUGUCCAUCCGGUU